AUUAACCGCUGCAGUUCAAAUUUUGAUAAAAAAGUGAGAUUCACAAACUUGGUCCCGUCUCAGAACUUCUGUAUUUUGGUAUUAGUCCUAAACAUAUAUAUUUAUCUUAAUUGUUUAUCAUUUUUUAUUCACUGGUCACUUAAAAAGUUAAAAGUCCACCGCUUUAUAUACUCUCUUCUCUUGUUCGGAAUAAAUUCAAAAGGUUCCCGUACAGAUUCUUUAUUUUCUCGAGAAAAUUAAAGAGGAAUCUCUGGCCAUGUGGCGUCGCGAGGAUCGUCGUGCUCCAGGUGGAGGUUACUGGACACCACCAGCGGCGUCGAACAUGAAGAAAAGAGUUUACACGGCGACGCCGAUGUCUGAGAGGAAAAAAACAUGUUCGAACGAGAAGCAAGAGCCGUUUCAUAUGAUCCACAAAGUUCCUUCUGGUGACUCCCCUUAUGGUAGAGCCAAACAUGCCCAGAACGGUUGAUUAGUAAAGAUCCGGAACGAGCAAUCUCCUUGUUUUGGGCUGCAAUAAACAUGGUGAUCGAGUUGAUAGCGCAUUGAAGGACAUGGCUGUUGUUAUGAAACAGCUAAACCGGUCUGAUGAAGGAAUCGAAGCCAUUAAAUCUUUUCGUUAUCUCUGCCCUUCUGAAUCCCAAGAUUCCAUUGAUAACUUGCUACUUGAACUCUACAAGAAGUCAGGGAGGAUCCAAGAGGAAGCUGAGCUGCUUGAACACAAACUCAAAACACUUGAACACGACACGCAUUACGGUGGUAGAAUCACAAUCGCGAAAAGAAGCCAUGGGAAACAGAUCAACUUGACCAUCGAGCAAGAGAAAGCACGGAUUCUAGGGAACUUAGCUUGGGUUCACUUACAGCUUCAUAACUAUGGAACCGCAGAGCAACAUUACAGGAAUGCUUUGUCGUUGGAGCCUGAUAAUAACAAGCUGUGUAACCUUGCGAUCUGCUUGAUGCGUAUGGAUAGAAUCCAGGAAGCUAAAUCUCUAAUUGAGGAUGUAAGACUCAGGGGCUGUUUGUUUCAACAUUUGUCAUCUCCAUCUAGAUGAUUCAUUUGUAUGAUCUAUUUAGAUGAUCCUUUCAGAUUUUUGUGACCGUUUGUUUGUCCAUCCAAAUAACUUAUCUAGAUGAAUCAUCUAAAUGAAUUUUAUGUUUGUUUCUUUAUUUUCA